AUGACGGUCGUGAAGGAAGAAAUUUCUGAUGACAACGCCAAGCUCCCUUGCUUCAACGGCAGAGUUGUUUCCUGGCUUGUUUCCUCGGAGACGCCGCAGCCUGAGCCGCCUCCACCACCCCCUCCUAUCGAGGUACGGCCAGAACCUUCGCCGCCGCCUCCCUCGCUUCCUCCGUUGCCUGUGGAGCGAACCAGCGGCAUUGGGGAUUCCCGGCCCCCUUCUUUCCACCCCAACGUCUCUGGCAGCCACGAGAACUUGGACCAUGAAACCGAGACAGAGUCGGUGGCCUCGCUGCGGCGGGAGCGGCCGCGGCGCAGGGAGAGCAUGGAGCACGGAGGCGGCCACCGUCUGAACGGUCAGCCCAGGCUGGAGCGCCACCUGGCCGGGUACGAGAGUUCUUCCACCCUUCUCACCAGCGAGCUGGAGACCACAAGCCUCUGCGACUCCGAGGACGACGACACCAUGAGCAGAUUCAGCAGCUCCACCGAGCAGAGCAGUGCCUCCCGCCUUCUCAAGCGCCACCGUAGGCGGAGGAAGCAGCGCCCCCCGCGUCUGGAGCGGACUUCCUCCUUCAGCAGCGUCACGGACUCCACCAUGUCCCUCAACAUCAUCACCGUUACCUUGAACAUGGAAAAGUACAAUUUCCUGGGAAUCUCCAUUGUGGGCCAAAGCAACGAGCGAGGUGACGGCGGCAUCUACAUUGGCUCCAUCAUGAAAGGUGGGGCGGUGGCUGCGGAUGGCCGAAUCGAGCCGGGAGACAUGCUGCUCCAGGUCAACGACAUCAAUUUUGAGAACAUGAGCAACGACGACGCCGUGAGAGUCCUGAGGGAGAUUGUCCACAAGCCAGGCCCGAUCGUGCUGACAGUGGCCAAGUGCUGGGACCCCUCUCCACAAGGGUACUUCACCUUGCCUAGAAAUGAGCCCAUCCAGCCCAUUGACCCGGCGGCCUGGGUGUCCCAUUCCGCGGCCCUGACCGGGGCCUUUGCCGCUUACCCAGGCAGCAGUUCCAUGAGCACCAUCACCUCGGGGACCUCCGUCACGGAGACAGAACGCGAGUGCCCCCUAAUGAUGGGCCGCUUUGAUGACUUCAACCUGUCCAUCCACACGGACAUGGCCUCUGUUACCAAGGCAAUGGCUUCCCCUGAGUCUGGCCUGGAGGUGCGCGAUCGGAUGUGGCUCAAGAUCACCAUCCCUAACGCUUUCCUAGGCUCAGAUGUGGUGGACUGGCUGUACCACCACGUCGAAGGGUUCCAGGACCGCCGGGAAGCCCGCAAGUACGCCAGCAAUCUCUUGAAGGCUGGCUUCAUCAGACACACCGUCAACAAGAUCACCUUCUCGGAGCAGUGCUACUACAUCUUCGGGGACUUCAGCGGCUGCGAGAACUAUAUGGCCAACCUCUCCCUCAAUGACAACGAUGGCUCCAGCGGGGCUUCCGACCAGGACACGCUGGCCCCGUUGCCCCUGCCGGGCGCCACCCCUUGGCCUCUGAUGCCCACCUUCUCUUAUCAGUACCCAGCGCCUCAUCCGUACAGCACUCAGCCCCCGCCGUACCAUGAGCUGUCCUCCUACAGCUACGGCAUGGGGAGUGCCGGCAGCCAGCACAGCGAAGGCAGCCGGAGCAGCGGGUCCAACCGUAGCGAUGGAGGCGGUGGCGGCCGUGGGCCCGGGAAGCAGAAGGAGGAGAAGGCUGGGGCCGACUCCAAGUCUGGAAGCGGGAGUGAGUCGGAGUACUCGACCCGCAGUGGCAGCCAGCGCGGGGGGCCCCCGGCGGGGCCGAGCGGGGAGGGGGCCUCCCAGCGUAGCCACUCCCUGCACGCGGCCUAUGCCGCCCCGGGGGGCAUGCCCCUGGCCUACAACCCCAUGGUGGUGAUGAUGGUACCGCCGCCCGCCCCACCUUCUGCCCCUUCCGCCGCGGCCGUGCAGCCCCCCGGGGCACCUCCCGUCCGUGACUUGGGCUCCGUGCCCCCUGAGCUCACGGCCAGCCGCCAGUCCUUCCACAUGGCCAUGGGCAACCCCAGCGAGUUCUUCGUCGACGUCAUGUGAUCCGGCCGAAGUCUGCCGGCUCCGAUCAGGCCUCCUCCUCCUCCUCCUCCUCACCGAUGUGGCCUCUUUCACACAGAGCCUUCCGAAAACCUCUGACCUCACCUGUCUUUGGUCACCUUCGGGUAUCGUCCAGGGUGGGCCAAACCUUCCCGUUGUCCCGACACAGUUUUGACUCCUCUGGAUCCUCACCCUGUCGGUGAGAUUCCUGCUGUGACGCAGACAGGAAGGAAGGGACCCUCCAUGGGGCUUCCUUCCGUGCCGCCUGGUAGCAUUUCUUCCAACUGGGGCCUCCGGAUUUAUUGGAGUGAUGGGGCCCAUCAGCCCCUUACCGUAGGCCCAAUUUGGAGGAAGCAGCAAUAUCUUUCUGUCACUGUGACUUGCCUUAGAACCCAAAACCCAUCCUAGCCUUCCUGACAUCAUAUCUGUCACCAGCAGAGCCGUUCCGUUUCAUCGCGUGGCCAGGGGGUCACGGUUUUUCCACGUCACUUGUGGUCUCUCUGCAGCCUCCUGAGACGGGCGGAUCCUUUCCUUCCAGCUAGACUCAGGCUGCCGUCCUGUGGGCUUCUAUACCAGGGAGACUUCUCUCUCUUUUUUUGUAUUUUUAUCUUUUUUUUUUUUUAUAAAAGUCUCGUGGCUGGCUCAGCCACCUUUUUCCUUUUUUAAAAACACCCUUUGACUCAGGUCCCUGGAUUCACGUGACCUCUGCCUUCCUGUUGCCUCUCUGCCUGGCAAUCUUACAAUGGGAAAACUUUAUAUAUUUUCUUUCAAUUUGGUCCCCAUCCGGGGCGCUUUGGCCACAGGCUGGCCACUUUUUGAAUGUUACACCGUCUUCCCAGGGGUCCCGCGCAGAAACCCAGUGAUGUCCUGGGACUGUCGGACUUCUGCGUUCUGCUCUCCCGCGAGCAGGUUUGUGAGGUUUGGGGAAUCAGGUGAGACCUUUUACCUCCCUCUCACCUGUCUGUCUGUCUCUCUGUCUGCCAGGUGAGCUCCUGUCUCCCCAGUCCUCUCCUGCUCUCUCGGCACAAUGAUCUUGUUAUGGUACUUUUGAAGCCCUAGCCCCAUUUUCUUCCUGUUUCUUGGGGUACAAAACCCGGUGUCUAUGAAGUGGUAGGUUUUUUUUGUUUGUGUGUGGUUAUGUUUUUUUUUUUUACUGAAAAAAAAACGUAAAAGUUUUUUUAAAUUCAUGUUUUGGAAUGAGGUUGUUUUGUAUUUCUUUUUAUAAGCUUCCUUUUGUAUAAGAGCCUGUCCGCACGCUCCCCCCAAAAUCUCAUUUGAAUUCCACAGCUUGUCCCACCCGGAGUGCAGUUGGACUCAGCGGAGGGUUGGCUGGGUCACAUCUUAGUUCCAACAAAGCACGACAAUUCUGUGUUUUGAAUAGGUUCACAACCCCAUUGUCACUGACAGUCACAAUUGGCUCGAGGACCACCGCCCUGACUGGGUCUCACUCCCUGGCUUUACCCCAUCCGAAUACUGUACCUGGCUCUUUGCAUACCACUGCUGUUUUAGUUUCACUUUAAAAAGAUGGUGUGUGCCUGGAGGGAGGUGACUUGAGGCAAAAAUCCAUCAUCCUAACUGUGUAAGAACACUGAGAUUUUGUAAUGACCUCUAGCGUCCACCAGGCGUUCUUAAGAGCACGCCCCCCCCCAUCUUGAUCCACCCAAUGUAGCCGAACCCUUCAAAACCUUUUCCAGAAAAACAUUGGGACUGUAACACCGUUGGUCUAUAUGAGUUGAUGCUCAUUUUUUUCCCCUUAAGGGCACUAAUUUUUUU